UUGUUUUCAAUCUAAACAUUGUUUUUUACUGGAUUCUAUAUUUCAUAGAACACAUGUGGAAUUUAAAUAAUUUAAUGUAUUUAAUUAUUUAACAUUUACUGUAAUGUUAAAUUUAAAUAACAAUAAUUGUUAUUAAUGAAUUUUUGUAUUAAUUUCCGUGUUAAUAUGACUGAAUAAUAAAUGUUGUAAGUUAUUGAAUUAGAUUAAAUAAAUGUAUAGACAUUUUUAAAAAUGUCUGAUGCUUGGCAAGAAAUCCAAGCAGUUAAGAGUAAAAGAAAUUCUUUGCGAGAGAAACUAAAAAAAAGAAAAAUUGAACGUCAGGUUAUUCUCAAUGAAUCUACUGAUCUUAUUAUUUCUAGAGAAUCUCAUGUAACUAGUGAAAAUAGUUAUGAAACUGAAUCAAAUUUUGAUUGGAAUCAAGUUGGAGGUGAGAGAGUAUUACUAGAAGCUCUUAUUGAUGUUUCUUUGAAUCUUCCAGUGACAUCUAAUCAAUUAGUUGUUGCUUUAUCAAAAAAAAAAUCUACUUACAUUCCUCAUUCUUCUGUUAUAAAUCUUCUCCAUAAAUUUGUUGCUCAAAAUCUAAUAAGUUUAGAAAAUAUAGUUGUUGAUGGUCAACAGAGUUUGCAAGUAUUAACUGCAGAACAUGCUAAAUGUCUUGCAAUGAUCAAUGAUUUAUCAUCAGAAGCUGAUACAGUAGUUCAAUAUGAAAGAUCACGUUUGUUGCUUGAAGAUAAAAUUAAACAACUUGAAGAAGAAGAUAUCAAUGAAAGUUUAAAAAAAUCUAAAAUUCCAAAAUUAACAACUGAAAAAAGAAAUCCAGAAGAUUCAGAUGAUGAUAUCAUGUCACUUAUUUCAAUGCCAUCUACACGAGAAAAAGAAUUCAAAAAAGUUAGUGAAGAAAUUAUGGAGCUUUUGAAUAAACCAACAGCAAAAGAGAAAUCAUUGGCUGAACGUUUUCGAUCUAAAGGAGGCACACAUGUUAUGGAGUUUUGUCCACAUGGUACUCGUUCUGAUUGUAUGGAAGGACAUGUUUGUAAAAAACUUCAUUUUAAAAAAAUUAUUCAACAACAUACUGAUGAAUCUUUAGGUGAUUGUUCAUUUCUUAACACUUGUUUCCAUAUGGACACAUGCAAAUAUGUUCAUUAUGAGGUCGAUGGAGUCACAAGUAAAGUAAAUUUAGUUAAUGCGCUAAAUAGUUUUCCAGCUAAAAAGGGGUUACAUCCAGAUAAAAAAAAGUUGGCUCCACCAUUAUGUCAAUGGAUUCAAUGUGAUUUAAGAUUUAUGGAUUUUACUUUUUUAGGAAAAUUUGCUGUCAUAAUGGCUGAUCCACCAUGGGAUAUCCAUAUGGAACUUCCUUAUGGAACUAUGUCUGACGAUGAAAUGAGACGAUUAGGUAUUCCUCAGUUACAAGAUGAUGGAUUAAUAUUUCUUUGGGUUACUGGACGUGCUAUGGAAUUAGGAAGAGAAUGUCUUAAACUAUGGGGCUAUAAACGUGUUGAUGAAAUUAUUUGGGUAAAAACAAAUCAGUUGCAAAGAAUUAUAAGAACUGGCAGAACAGGUCACUGGCUUAAUCAUGGUAAAGAACAUUGUUUGGUAGGAAUGAAAGGAAAACCGGCAAAUUUAAAUUGUGGUCUAGACUGUGAUGUUAUUGUAGCUGAAGUAAGAGAUACUAGUCAUAAACCAGAUGAAAUUUAUGGUAUAAUCGAACGAUUGUCACCUGGUACUCGAAAAAUUGAACUCUUUGGCCGAGCUCAUAAUAUUCAACCAAAUUGGAUAACUCUUGGAAAUCAGGUAGAAGGUAUAAGAUUAACAGAUCAAGAUCUAAUAGAAAAGUUUAAAAAAGCAUACCCCUCGGGCAGUUGUUUGACUCCAUUAAAAAGAAAUACUUAAUUUAUUUUGGAUCUGUAAUUGAAAAAUAAAUUUGUAUAAUCAUCAAUAAUGUCAUAUAAUAUAUAGAUGAUUUUUCUGUGAUUAAUUAAAAAACUAAUAGUUAUAAUUAAGUUUUAUUCUUAAUUUAACUUAGGAUUUUGUAAGAUUUAUCCUAUAUUUUAUGUGUUCAUAUAAUCUAUGAAAUCGUUGCAUUAUUUAAAUAAAUAAUUUAUUUUUAUA